CCUCAGCACUCAGCUGCCGCGCAGCCCCUCGACGCCCCAGACCCGUUUUCUUGAGGAAAGAGUGAAACCUCAGCUAGAAGAAAAAGAAGGGAAAACGUUUGAUGUCUUCACUGCAGUGGAGUUUAAAACUCAGGUGGUUGCUGGAACAAACUACUUCAUCAAGGUCCAUGUGGGCAAUGACGAGUUCAUGCACCUGCGGGUGUUCAGAAGCCUUCCUCACGAGAACAAGCCGCCGAGUCUCCACAGUUACCAGAGCAGCAAGACUAAGCAUGAUGAACUGACUUUUUUCUAG